CACGUAUCGCGUGUUCUUGUUUUCCGAGUGGUCCGAUAUAGUGGACGGUGGUGGUGCAGUGAAGUGUUGUGUUAUGUGUGUGGAUGUGUAAAAUAGGGAGGAAGCCGGCACUGCGCGAGGCCCGCGUCGCGUGAUGGCGCAUGGAGUGCGCAUGGAGCUGGUGGGCGACGCUGGUGCUGGCGUCCCUGGUGGCAGCCGGGCCUCGCUACAGCUCGCGCAUCGUGCACACUCACGCAGGCGCCAUCCGCGGCAUCAUCGUGGAGCCCGCCUCGCGGCGCCUGGAGCCCGUGGAGGUGUUCCGCGGGGUGCCGUACGCGGGGGCCCCGGCGCGCAUGGCGCCCCCGCCGCCGGCGCCCGCCUGGCCCGGCACGCGGCUCGCCGACGCCUUCGCGCCCGUCUGCCCGCAGCGGGCGCCGGACAUAUCCAACAGGACCGCAGCAUUGUCAAAGAUGCCACUAGGCACAUACAACGAGCUGAAAGCCACGCUCCCGCUGCUAGCCAAUCAGAGCGAAGACUGUCUCUACCUCAACAUCUAUGUGCCCGGUAGCGGCGCGCGUGGCGUUGAGGCGCCAUACGCGGUGGUGGUUUGGGUGGGGGGCCCGUCCCACGAGUGGGGCUCGCCCAACUCGCUAGACGGGUCCGUGCUCGCUGCGCGGGCGCACCUACUCAUCGUCACCGUCAACUAUAGGAUAGGGUUAUUAGGUUAUUUAACUACGGGGGCUUCAGACGAGGUCCACCAAGCCGGCGGUGCGGCGUUGCUCGACGUUUCGGCAGCGUUGCAGUGGGUCCGGCGCAACGUUGCCGCGUUCGGUGGGGACCCGAAGAGGGUGACGCUAGCUGGACAUUCGGCGGGCGCUGCGUUGGCUAAUGCGCUGUUGAUGCUGCCAGAUACUAAAGGGUUAAUAUCCCGAGUGCUGUUACUGAGCGGUUCAGCGUUAAGUCCAGCAGCGUUGGCUCCAGAUGCUUCGCUAGAGGAGCACACAGCGCAAGCGCUCAGAUGUGUUCCUGAGGAAUCUUCUACAGAACACUGGUUGGUAACAUGCAUCCGCGCCCGUCCCCUCGCGGCACUCCUGGCCGUCGAGGCCCCACGAGCCCGCUUCCUCGCCGGCUGGGCCCCUUCAGUCCCCUCCAAAGACGGCAACCAGGCUCCCACGAGGGCCCUACAUGCCAGCGACGCGUUCUUAGACUGUGCGCUUGCAGUAGUGGUGACAACGACGGAGAGCUACCCGUUUUUUAGCGAAGAUGAUAUUAGGCAUGGAUUUGAAGAGGAUCAUAGAAACCGAAUUCUCCGCACGUACGUCCGCAACGUCUAUCGCUACCAUCGCAACGAGAUCUUCGCCGCCAUCCGCAACGAAUACACAGACUGGGAGAAGCCUAUCCAACACCCCAUCAACAUCAGAGACGCUACGUUAGAAUCUUUGAGUGAUGCUGCUGUUAGCCCGUCGUUAAAGGUGGCUCAGUUGCAUGCAAGGAGAGGGGCCAGGACAUUCUUCGCGCAUUUUACACAUCAGAGCAAAGAUGCUGAUUACCCACAGCGGCUCGGAAGUACGAGCAGUGAAACCCUCCCCUACUUUCUCGGUCUUCCUCUCGUUGGAGGAAUGCCUUACUCCCCUCGGAACUACUCUCGAGGAGACGUUGGAGUGUCAGAGUCUGCUGUAGCGCUAUUGGCUGCUUUUGUGAAGACUGGGAAUCCUACGCCGAGUGAGCAUCAUGAGGGAGCUGUGUCCUGGCCGAGAUAUGAGCUGAACACUCAGCAAUAUUUGAGUAUAAGUACGAAACUUCGAGUAAAGAGCCACUACAGAGGCCACAAGAUGGCGCUAUGGUUGCAUCUUAUCCCGCAACUUCACAGGCCAGGAGCUGCUCCGAGGCAUCAUCAGUUCCGCUCCAUAAAUCCUGACAUGUUUGCAGGUGAAAUCUUCCCCGAGCUCUACACAACAGCGGCCCUCGACGACGAAGACAGCACGGAAGCCGAAGAGACUUCAGAGGCCGAAUGUGAACCCUCGCCUUCGCCGAGGCCGGCGCUCUCUCUGCCUUCACCACAACCGACGCCGAAAGAAGACUCUUUAACGACUAUGGACACACAUUAUUAUAGCUACACAGUGGCGCUCGGUGUGACCGUGGGCGCCGGCUGCUUCCUCCUGGCUCUAAACGUUCUGGUCUUCGCCGGGAUCUACCUGCAGAGGGGCCGACGGAGAGCCACAAGAAGGCCCAGGAGAGAAGGAAGCUGUAGCAGCCGCGCAGCCACAGGGUCCCUCAACAGUGACCCCACCGUUCCGUCCCCGAGGAAGAGCACCCUAAAACGUAGCAGCGAAACCGAACUGAAGGAGCGUCCGGGCGCCGCGCCGGCAAAAAAGCGCGUCCAAAUCCAGGAGAUCUCAGUCUAGAAGAAUUUUAGAAGAAUUCAGAAGAUUCCAAAAUAAUAAGAAGAAUUUAGACGUCGCGCUGGCAAAAAUGAGCGUCCAAAUCCAGGAGAUAUAAGUUUAGAAGGGUUCUAGAAGCAUCCGGAAAGUGCUGGGACAACCUUUGAGAAUCUAAGCGCCGCUCUGGUAAAAAUACACGUCGAAAUCCAAGAAAUGUGAGUCUGGAAGAAUCCAGAACGUGCUGGAACAACCACUGAUACUCCGGGCGCCGGC